AAGUACUAGAAAAAGUUGGGCCCGAAAAAUUUGUUGCUGUAGUUUCCGAUGCAGAAUCGGCAAUGAUGGCGGCAAAACGACAAGUUGCAGCAAAAUUUCCCCACAUUUUACCUAUCAGAUGCAUUGCGCAUCAUAUACAAUUAAUUGCUAAUAGUAUCUGUCGUUUACCUCAUACACGUAAGGUUCUUUCUAAUUGUCAAUCCAUAAUAAGUUUUUUUAGAAACUCUUAUACAGCUGGCGCUGCUCUUAGAGAAAAGAUUGUAUCCUCUUUUACUGUCGGCGGAAACUUAAAAUCAACCGCUAAAACUCGGUGGUCAACGGCAUGGGAUUCUUGCGAAUCCGUUUUACACAUUUCCACUUAA